UAGAGUUAGAACUCAUUUCUCCAUUUCUCACUCCAAUUGGUAAUCAAGACCAGAAUUUGAAGCAUCAAACACUCUCAUUAAAGAUCCCAAAAGCUGUUUGUGCAAAUUGGGUUCAAGGUAGAGACCUUCCUUAUAAAUGGCUGAGAUAGUAGAAGCAGAUAAUUACGAAGGCAUAAUCACCAGAAUCGAACACAAGUCUCGCAAGAUCGAAAGCUUACUCAAACAGUAUAAACCAGUUGAAGCUCUUAAAACAGCUCUAGAAGGAUCACCUCCCAAGACCAAGGAUGAAAGAUGCAAGUCUGCUAAUUGGAUUGUAGUGCAUAGGGCUAUAAUGGCUAUCAAGGAUGUGGAUAGCUUGUUCUCUGCAUUGGAUCCUGAGUACUAUGAUAUUCUCAUGAAGUACUUGUAUAGAGGUUUGUCUACUGGAGACCGACCAACAUGUGACCAAUGCCUAAGGAUCCAUGAGAAACUGACUGAAAAAGCUGGUUUGGGAUGCAUACUGCGUUGUCUUGCUGACACUGUGAAUACUGUGUGACCGAUACCUGUUUACUAAAGCUGGAUGAACACACAAUACUGUAGCAAUUUAUGGAAAAAAGGUCAUCACUACAGAUGAAUGUUUACUUCGGAAUUGCACUUGAUAUGUCUUUGCAUUUCGAUUGAAGUUGAGAUUGAGUUUAGCUUAUUUUUCAAAGGGCUGUGCUUCCUCUCUUUAAGUCUGUAUUACAACAACAACAACAUACCCAGUGUAAUCUCACAAGUGGGGUCUGGGGAGGGUAGAUUGUAUGCAGACCUUACCUCUACCUUGGGAGGUAGAGAGGCUGUUUCUUUAAGUCUCUGUUCUUCUCGAUAUAUAUCAUAUGAACUGUACCAAGGCAAUUUGAGAUUUCUGCCAUCCUUUUUGUUUCAUA